AUGGCAUCUUGUAAGGCCCAGGCAGCAAACCCGCAGUUCAGUGCGGGGAUUCACUCCUACUAUCAGGGGAAGAUAGAGGAGCUGGAAGCAGUGUACAGGGAGAAAGCACAGAACUUGCGUCGUUUGGAAGCUCAGAGGAAUGAGUUGAACACCAAAGUUCGCCUUUUGCGAGAGGAGCUGCUGCUUUUGCAAGAACCAAGUUCUUACGUCGGUGAAGUUGUAAAAGCGAUGGGAAAGAACAAAGUGCUCGUGAAGGUGAAUCCGGAUGGCAAGUAUGUUGUGGACCUGGAUAGCAGUAUCGACGUUAGCGAGAUCAAGCCAAAUAUUCGUGUCGCUCUUAGGAAUGACAGCUAUGUUCUGCACAAGAUUCUGCCCAGCAAGGUUGAUCCUCUUGUAUCCCUCAUGAGGGUGGAGAAGGUUCCAGAUUCCACGUAUGAGACAAUUGGAGGACUUGACAAGCAAGUGAAAGAGAUCAAAGAGGUUAUUGAACUUCCAAUCAAGCAUCCAGAGAUUUUCGAGAGCUUGGGUAUUGCACAGCCCAAGGGAGUUUUGCUUUAUGGUCCUCCGGGGACUGGGAAGACUCUUUUGGCAAGAGCUGUGGCUCACCACACUGAUUGCUGCUUCAUUCGUGUCUCUGGCUCAGAGCUUGUCCAGAAGUACAUCGGUGAAGGAUCUAGGAUGGUUCGUGAAUUGUUCGUGAUGGCUCGAGAGCACGCCCCCUCUAUCAUUUUCAUGGAUGAGGUGGACUCCAUCGGUAGCAGCAGAAUCGAAGGUUCUGAGGGUGGAGAUUCUGAGGUGCAGCGUACUAUGCUUGAGCUUCUCAACCAGCUGGAUGGUUUUGAAUCCUCAUCGAAUAUCAAGGUUCUUAUGGCCACAAAUCGUUUGGAUAUUUUGGACGAUGCUUUGAUCCGUCCUGGAAGAAUAGACAGGAAGAUAGAAUUCCCUAACCCUAAUGAGGGUGCUCGUGCUGACAUUCUUAGAAUCCACUCCCGCAAGAUGAACUUGAUGAGAGGAAUUGAUCUUUCAAAGAUUGCUGAGAAGCUGCCUGGAGCAAGUGGUGCUGAAAUCAAGGCAGUUUGUACAGAGGCAGGAAUGUAUGCAUUGAGAGAGCGCCGUGUUCACGUGACACAGGAGGACUUCGAGAUGGCUGUGGCUAAGGUCAUGAACAAGGAUAACGAGAAGAACAUGUCGCUGCGCAAAUUGUUCAAGUAAACGGAAACUCGAUUACGAGAAUGAUUCCUAUUGCUGCAAGCGGUCUUCUUGCAUGUGUCGUCAGUAACGCUAUGAAGGUCUUUGCGACCCCGG